CUGAGCCUUCCCAGCAAAUAUGCAUACCCUUCUGCUUCAAUCGUUGUUUCCCUUGCUCUUGAUCACUUCCUUUCUUUCGAUCAACGUUGAGUUGAGUCUAAGCCAGGAUGAUCUAAAAUAUGCAAACUGCAGCGAAGCUAUUAACUGCGGUGGCAUCGGAGGCAUCUCAUACCCCUUUUGGGGAGUAAACCGGGCUAAUUACUGUGGUCUGCCCGGGUUCGAGGUCAAAUGUGUAGAGAAUGUCCCCAUGAUCAACAUAUCGAAUAUCAACUACAGAAUUCUUAAAACCAAAACCAACGAUAGUGCUCCCUCUGUUACAGUUGCCAGGCAGGACUAUUGGGGAACUUUCUGUCCUCCGACUUAUGUCAACACCAGUAUCAACUUCUCUCUGUUUAAUUAUACUUCUGGGCUUACAAACCUGACCUUUUACUACGAGUGCAAUACAACCAUCCCCGAAGUUCUUCUGGGGUUUAGCGUUACUUCCCAAGUUUGCAGUACGAACAACGGUGACAUUUCUGUUUGGCCUAUCACCCGGGGACUCUCACUUGAUCCAGUUGCUAUCGGUGCCUGUAAAAAUAAGGUCAUUGUUCCGGUUUUUUCUACAGCUGCUGUGGCUCUAGAGGCCAAUACAACGACUAUCCAGGACGCGGUAGAUGGGGGCUUCGAAUUGGGAUUGGAGAUUAAUAAUGUUCAAUGCAACAGUUGUGUGGAAUCAGGAGGGAAGUGUGGGCUUAACACGACAACUGGUGGAUUCAGUUGCUUUUGCCUGGAUCAGGCCUAUGCAACCGUAUGUAAUGCAACUGCACCCGGAGCACAAGGAAAAAAAAAGAACAUUGCAAUAGGUUUGGCUGUCGGUGGAUUUUCCAUGAUGGUAAUCAUUCUUUGUAUUAUAUGCAUAUCAAGAAAAAGAAUGGUCUUAUUCGUCAAGAAAGAUAAGAGGGAUGAGUUUGAUGUUGAGGCAUUUAUAAGGAACUAUGGAUCGCUUACUCCAAAGCGGUAUACCUAUAGAAAUGUCAAGAAAAUGACAGACUCUUUCAGAGACAAAAUAGGUAAAGGUGGAUAUGGAACUGUGUACAAAGGCAGGCUACCUGAUGGGCUUCUGGUGGCGGUCAAAGUCCUAAGCGAGUCCAAGGGUAAUGGAGGAGAAGAUUUUAUUAAUGAAGUUGCUAGCAUUGGUAGAACCUCCCAUGUCAACAUAGUCACCCUUUCUGGAUUCUGUUAUGAGGGGGACAAACGAGCUUUGAUUUAUGAAUACAUGCCUAAUGGAUCUCUGGAUAAUUUCAUACAUAAGCAUGGAUCUGGAAUGGCAAAUUUUCGCUUAGAAUGGAAAAUACUAUCUGAAAUUGCAGUUGGUAUUGCGCGAGGACUAGAAUACCUACACCGUGGAUGUAACACAAGAAUUUUGCAUUUUGACAUAAAGCCACAGAACAUUCUUCUUGACAAAGAUUUUCGCCCAAAAAUCUCUGAUUUUGGCCUUGCCAAAUUAUGCAAAACAAAGGACAGUAUUGUAUCGAUGAUGGGGACAAGAGGAACUGCAGGAUAUAUUGCACCAGAAGUGUUUAGCCGAAACUUUGGUGGAGUAUCUCACAAAUCUGAUGUUUACAGCUACGGUAUGUUGGUUCUUGAAAUGGUUGGAGCAAAAAAGAAUUUGGAUUCAGGAGUGUCUCAUACGAGUGAAAUGUUUCCACAUUAUGUUUAUAAAGAUCUAGAGCUAGAAAAGGAUGAAAAUGCAUUUGGGGCAAUCACAGAGGAGGAAAAAGAAAUAGCAAGAAAGAUGGUAUUAAUAAGUCUGUGGUGCAUUCAGACCAUUCCUUCUGAUCGGCCAUCAAUGAGCAAAGUUGUAGAGAUGUUGGAAGGACCCCUUCAUUCCUUGCGAAUUGCACCCAAACCUUUCUUGUUUUCUCCUACAAUAGCUGCAGAAGACUCUAUGACUACAACCAGUGGCAGAUCCACCAUGGAGUCAAUGGUGUCAGACGGCCCAAUGGCAGCCCUGGAAAUGGCUUCGAGGUCCCAUAUUGGCCUUGGCAGCCAUGGGAGACAACCCCAUGGAGAAGAAGACAUGCAAGCUGUGAGGGAGAAGACAGAGGGAGGAAGAAGAGAGAGAGAGAGGGAGGAAGAAGAAGCAACUGGUACAGUACUUUUGGUGUUAUUCAUUCGCUUCUUAGAGUAUUACGAACCACAGUUAGUGCCAAGUUUUUCUUUUCGGCUGACUUUAUAG